UACUUGCAGUCCCCAGCAGUAGCCAGCACCGACAAACGACAAUUCGACAAAUGGCCGCGAUCGCCGCUAUGAAGACAAGAGCGUAAUGCCGUAAUUCCCUUUCCCUGCAGGCGAGGUGUUACAAUUUGGUGUUUCACUAUUUUAUGUUUAUGUAAUUAUUAAUUGAUAAUCUCAAGUGUAUGGUAUCUGUCAGAAAAAUUGAUUAAUUAAGUAUUGUGUACAUAUACGGAAUAGUGAAUAGUUGAUUGAGCGCGAUGAAAUUCAUAGCAUUGAUGGUAGUGAUUUGAUGGUUAGGUAGGAGUGUGUGUGGCAUCCAUUAACGUUGAGAUCGUUUGGUAUCCGGCUAUCAUCAAAUUUCUUGGAUUAAUCGAAGCAUAAUAUAAAUACAGAGGAUUUACUGUAAAUACUUAUAUUGGGACUUAUAUUGACUAGUGACUGAGUGAUUUUUUUGGUGAACCUUUUUGUUGAUUGUUAGCCCAUAUCCAGGAUAAAUUUGCUGACAAUGUCUUAUCCUGGACAACCACCUAUGGGUAUACCUGGGAUGCCACCGCUGCCGUACAUGGUUGGAGCUCCUCCGCCGAUUAUUGGCGGAGUUAUGCCAAUGCCACAUAUGAUACCGACACCAGUGUCUGCAAUGCAGACAUCUGCACCAGCAGUGAGAUACUCACGAAAUCAAACGAGACAUGAUCCCACGAGACGACGAGAACGCGAGACAGGGCCCCCAGUUACAGUUUUCGUUGGUAACAUCAUGGAUCGUGCUCCUGACGUUAUGAUUAGACAUAUUCUGGGUGCUUGCGGCCACGUGCUAUCUUGGAAACGUGUGCAGGCCUUUGGAUUCUGCGAAUAUGCUGGGCCGGAUGCCGGAUUACGAGCAAUUCGGCUCUUGCACGACAUGGAAAUUGGCAAUAAGAAAUUGGUAGUUAAAGUGGAUGCUAAGGCUAAAGUAGCUUUGGAUCAGUUUAAAGCUGAGCGACGAAAGAAGCUGAAAGGUGGGCAAUCACCCUUGCAGGACGAGACUCCGACUGAAUCGGGUGACGGGGAUGAUGCUGAUGACUACAUGGAUGAGGGAAUGCGUGUCGUGGACAGUGAUGCACUCACCCGAAUUUCUCAGAUCCUCUCGGAACACUCGACCGAGUUGGAACUUGCUCAAAAUGCUCCUGAUGCUAGGAAAGCCACUACCGAGGAACAUCAGGCGAAAUUGGCAGCAAAGACAUUGAAUCUCGACGAUGCGGAAAUUGAGGAAAGUAAACGAGAUUUAAUAACACGGGAAAUUGGAAAGUUCAGGGAAGUCAUGAAGAAACAAGAGGAGGAAAAGGCCCAAGUUAAAAGAAAGAAAGAGGCUGUGGAGAAGGAGGAACGGGAGAAGCGGGAGAAGAAGAGGAGAGAUCGACGGGAUGAUGAUAUUGGAAUGAAGGAGGAUCAGGAGGUGGAUUUGGGCAGUCCUCUGUCACAUAAAGGGCAUCCUGAUAGGAGGGAUAAGCGUCGAUCCAAAUCGAGGUCAAAAGAACGGGAGAGGGAGCGUGAGCGGAUUAGAGAUCGUAUGAGAAGGGAUAGACGAGAGGAUGAGAUGACUAAUAAAGAGGAUCAGGAGGUUGAUCUGGGUAGUCCGAUGUCACACAAGGGUCAUGUGGAUAGGCGUGACAAGCGUCGCUCAAAAUCACGAUCAAAAGAGCGGGAUCGCAUGAGCGAGCGAAUGAACGAGCGCAUAAGAGACAGAAAUCGCGAGCGGGAGCGUGAGCGUGAGCGUGAGCGUGAACGUGAGCGGGAAGAGGUACGUAAAAGUGAACGAGAAAUAAUGCGUGAGCGUGAGGAAGAGGAGGAGGCAAAGGAGCGAAAGAAAAAUGAGAGGCGAGCCCGUGAAAAAGAAGCGGCUUAUCAAGAGCGUUUACGCGCUUGGGAGACUCGUGAGCGUCGUAAACAGAAGGAAUAUGAAAAGGAAUCAGAGAAAAAACGCGGAAAGCGAGAGGCGCGUGAGAAAGAGGCAAAACGUUUGAAAGAAUUUCUCGAGGACUACGACGACGAUCGAGACGACGCCAAGUACUAUAAGGGGAAGGAAUUAGCGAGACGUCUGGAGGAACGCGCGUUAGAGGCUGAGGCGGACUCACGAGACAGAUGCGCCGAGCGUCAGGAAUUACAACGACUAAGAGACAAACUUUAUGCUGACGCAUCACAUCCAGAUCCAGCGGCUGAAUUUGAACGAUUGAAAGCAGAGCGAGAAGAACAGUACAAACCGAAGCCAGUGAUAACGAUAAUUGACGAGGAGGAUGAUAAGAUUGAUGAGCGAAAGGCAAUGGCCAUUGAGAAGGAGAAGGAGGUGGAGCGAAUGCCACCGAUUGAGACAGAGCCAAUUGAUAGUGAUAGUGAGGAUGGAGUUGAAUUUGAGGAUCCACCGCAGGAGCCGUCGAGAACACCACCGAGGCAUCACUAUCGCCAUCGCAGGCACCAUCGCCAGCAAAGCUAUCAUCGGGAUUUCAAUCAGGUUGAUGGAAUUAUGGAGACUGACAAGGACCUUCACAAUCCCAAUCAUAAACGUAAUUCGGUUACCUCUUUGUCUAAUGCUGGUGGUAGUGUUGGCUCUAUUACAUCACCGGCUCCAAUAACACCGUCGCAGAUGACUGGCGUACCAAGCCAGGACGAUGACUCUCGUAUGUCGUUGGUCAGUGAGCCUGAGAAAAUGAACAGUGCUAGUAAUUUUGUCCCCUUCGCCAUGGCAGCUAAUCGCAGCGGUGAUCAUGCCAUUGGCAAUAAAACACCCGCAAGUCCUGGAGCCAAUAAUCAACAGAUUAAUCAGGGACAAGCAAGGAAGAAAACACGCAUGGAUGUUAAGGAUGUUUUUAAUAAUGAUGAUGAAGAUGAUGGUACUAGUAAUUCCAAGAAACGAAAACUUGUGCCCCUUGAUUAUGGCGAUGACAAAAAGAAAAAGAGCAUGGAGGACAUGAAUGUCGCUAAGGGGGGUAAGGAGGAGAGCACCAAGAGUCAGGAGGAGAAGAGAAAACAUAUUAAAUCGCUCAUUGAUAAAAUUCCAACUGAUAAAAAUGCACUAUUUGCUUAUCAACUCGACUGGGCUGUCAUUGACAAUGCACUUAUGGAGAAGAGGAUACGACCUUGGAUAAAUAAAAAAAUAAUUGAAUACAUUGGGGAGCCUGAACCAACACUUGUCGAUUUCAUCUGUAGUAAAGUUAUGGCUGGGAGCUCACCUCAGGGCAUUCUCGAUGAUGUACAAAUGGUUCUCGAUGAAGAGGCUGAAGUGUUUGUUGUGAAAAUGUGGAGGUUAUUAAUAUACGAAGUGGAGGCCAAAAAAAUGGGACUAGUUAAAUAAAAUCAACUAGAAUUUUCAUUGUCAA